AUGCCCAGGUCCAUGUUGCCGAUUGCCCAUGGCCUUCUUGACGAAGACCACAUCGUAAGCUUCCUGGCCCACGACGAGACAGUGAGAAAGAUAGAGAAACUGGUUCCACAGGCGAAAAUGGUCGACAUCGGCCCAUCUUCGAUGGACCGUGAGAAGGGUGCUGCGGCGGUGGACUUUCUGCAGAGCACGUCGUACAGAGCUGCACAAUUUCUCACUUCCGUGACCAUGCCGAUGCUGAACGCCCUGAUGGGAGGCCCAAUGCUGCUGAAGUUGAAGCCAGCCCUGCAGGAGAUGAAGCCCGACGUGCUCUGCGUGCCCUACAUUUAUCCUGCUUUCUAUGCCUUGGGAGAGGCAUUGGACAUACCUGUUGUGGGCAUCGGCUGGGGAACCCCAAGUUGGUUAACCGUGCAGAUAGACCCACCGUCGGCUACAGAACCAAACGUGGGAUCCAUCCACUCACGCCAGGAACUUUACGACAGCCCGCUGCUUAUGCUGGAGAACACCGCAGUGCGCAUCCAUGGCUUCUUCAUCGAGCGCAUCGCCAGCAUGAUCAACGUGUACUUCCGCUACCAACUCGGGCAUCCGAGGCCCUUGGAGGUGUGGCAGUUUGAUGCUGUUCUACAGCACCCAGCUAUCAUCACGACCCUUCCAGAGCUCACUGCUGGCAGGCCAACGGCUUGGAGCCCCUACACGUUUGCCGUUGGCAUCUUGGACCAUCCUGGCCUGGGAGGGAGUGGCAUGAUGAAGAGCGACGACAAGGAGAAGGUCAUCGCAUGGCUCGACGAGCAGCAGCUGGCAUCCAGACAGGUCCUGUACGUGGCUUUUGGCUCUGAGGUCCGCUUGUCCAAAGAGCAUGCUGCGCUCUUGGUGGAGACGUUUAAACAAGGCGGCUUCACUGUUCUAUGGGCUUCCAAAGUAAAGCCAGAUGUCCCCAUCCCAGAGAAUGUGCUGGUAACGAAAUUUGCACCGCAGCGCGCGGUCCUUGCUCAUCCGGCAGUCUUUGGUUUCCUGUCACAUGGUGGCAUGAACAGUGUGAACGAAGCUCUUGCCAGUGGUAAGCCCUUGGCAAUCAUGCCUUUCUUCGCAGAUCAGAUGACGGUGGCUGUGGUGCACAGAGACCUCGGGGUUGCUGUCAUCUUGGACAAGCAUGCAGCCACUCCAACAACUUCUGCAGCGGCGAUCCGCAAGAUUGCGACAGAGCCGUUCCGCCGUCGAUCCCUGGAGAUCAAAGAGCUGAAUGAACAGCGUCGAGACAUGUCGAGGGCAGUCCAAGUCAUCGUGAACCAGGCGACAGGAAAGUUCUACAUGCACAUCCCGCCAUGCCCGAGCCUUUGGAUCCGAGCGAUGCCACUCUUCGUCACCCUUCUCUUCUUUACGUUUUGCUGCAACUUCUGCUGUUGCAUCAGCGUGCGCGUGCACGCCUUCGAUGCGCAGCCCGUUGCGUUCAUUCGCGAUAGCCGCAUCAAUUUAAAGAGGGCCGAGCCGGAGCGCAAGGACUUUCGCAAGGUUGCGGAGGAUAUUUCUUGGGUGUUCCGCCAGUCAUCAUCCAGUGAUGCUGCGGGCACGAAGGAGACGGGAGGCAAGCGCUGGGUGGACGCCGUGUUCGAGCAUAUGUGCGUCAAAGGCGAGUUUCGGUUUCGAGAAUGGCAGAAAGUUGUACAGCUGAUCCAGAGGAACCCCAUACUCAGAAAUCGCGUUCGCCUCUCCGAUACAGACCGGCUCUUCUACAACAUCACCCACCGGGACACCGAGGCAAGGAGUUCACUCAACUCCCCUCGCGAGUUCCGUGAGCUGCUGAUGUGCCUGGCCGAUGCCUGUGCAGUCCAUCCGGGCAUGAUGUUUUAUGCUGUUGGCUGCCACGAUCAAGCGCUGGCUGAAGCAGAGCCUCACCGGCAGCAUUGGCAUGGGCAAGAGCACGGUGUCGAAGAGAUGAACAUACCCGUGGAUGACGCCGACGCCACAGUCCAUCGACUGUACGCGCCAGCUGGUGAGGCUGUCCAGCCCAUCCGAGAGGCUUUCGGAGAUGGCGUCUUGGCCGAGGAUGGCAGCAUCGACCGGAAGUUCCUUUCCAAGCUGGUGGUUGGAGAGGAGAACAAGCAGAAGCUGCAGGAACUCGAGGCAAUCGUCCAUCCACUCGUGGAGGCAGCACGUGACGAUUUCAUCGCCGAAGCGAUCCGACGGUCCGAGCCGCUGUGCAUCCUCGAUAUCCCGCUGCUCUUCGAGAAGCAUCUGGAGCAACACUGUGACUUGGUUGUCGUCGUCAGCGCGCCGGCUGAGCAGCAGCGUGCCCGAGUUCUGGCUCGAAAAGAGAUGGACCCUGACAAAUUUACGGCGAUCUUGGCCAAGCAGGUCCCUGACGUCGAGAAGCGAAUACGAGCAGACCGCAUCGUGGAUACUGGGCUCACACUCGAGGAGACCAAAGCGCAGGUGGUUGCAUUCAUUGAGGAGUGCCGCCGCCAGAUGACCCAGGAGCGGCAGAGGGACAGGACCUUGUAUUGGCUACUCCUCGGGGCUGCCUUAGCCAUGGUUUUGGACGUAGAAGGAGACCCCGGAAAUGCGUGCACUUCGAAGCCUGUAACUUUUGCAGCCGAUGGCUUCAGCCGAGAGGGCACGGGGCUCGUGACUGUCCGGCCUGACAGUUUCAAGGCGAAGACAAUGCACGCCUCGACAAGCACACAAAAACAGCGCAGAACCUAUAUAGAUUCUCCCAUGGCACGCCGCCGUGGCUUGGUCUUUCUGCUGGCGGCUCCGCUGUGGGCUGCAGCCUUCGUGAGCCGUUUCGCUACUUCUCCAGGGUCUCACCUCGGACGUGCCUGGAAGGUAGCACUGCGGGCCACGGGCGACCUCGUUGCUGCUGCGGGUGCAGGCAACGCCGAACAGGUGGCUGAUCUCCUGCGUUCUGGCACAGCGCCAGAUGCUGUGGACAGCAAUGGCCAACGUCCACUGAUUGCUGCCGCAGGGCAGGGGCACGUCAAAGUGAUGGAGCACCUGCUGGAAGCGGGCGCUGAUGUGAAUGCUGUCAACCAGCAAAACGCGACGGCGCUGAUUGCUGCGGCCUUUGCUGGUGGUGUAGCACCGCUGCGAGUGCUCUUGGCAGCCGGAGCCAACGUGGAGGCUGCAACUGCCUCUGGUGCGACACCGCUGGCUGCUGCUGCGGAAGGCAACAAGACGGAAGUGGUGGCCGAGCUGCUUUCUGCGGGCGCAGCCGUGGAUGCUGCGGACGUCACUGGUGUCACGCCUCUGCACCGCGCGGCCAUGUUCGGGCUAGUGGACAUUGUGCUGGAUCUUCUAGAGGCUGAUGCGGAUGUGGACUGUACCACGGACGCACUGCUUACACCUCUCAUGCUCGCAGCACGUGCGGGUCACAGUGAUGUCAUGGCUGAGCUAAUCGAAGCUGGCGCCGAUAUUGAGCUUCGCGACAAGAAAGGCGGCACAGCCCUCUUCGAAGCAGCCAGGUGCGGCCAGUCAGAGGCCGCAGCGCUUCUGCUUGCCCUGGAGGCGGACGUGGACACGCAGCGCGAGGAUGGUGCCUCGCCGCUGAUGGUCGCAGCACAGGGUGGCAAGGGUGGAGUCAUACAAGAGCUCCUUCAAGCGAACGCUACUUUGGAGCUUGCCCGCGAGGAUGGAUGUACGGCCCUCAUGUUCGGGGCCAUGUCAGGGCACAGCGCCAUCGUGGAUGUGAUGCUGAAGGCCAGAGCAGAUCCCAACAAUGUGGACAAGAACGGUGUGACAGCAGUCAAAAUCGCAAAGCAGAGCCUGGGCUGGAAGUUGUCACUCAGGCAGGCACUCACAGCGCCUCUUGUAACUCUAGUAGCUACAGUGUACAGUGAGAGCUGA